AUGCGCGUCGACCUCGCGGGCGCGUCCGAGUUCAUCGGCGAGCACGAGGGCCACUACACCUUCGACGCGGCCCUCGGCGUCGAGGCGUCCCAGGCCGCCGUCUACGACGCCGUGGCGAAGCCCAUGGUCGCCGACGUGCUCCGGGGCUUCAACGCGACCCUCUUCGCCUACGGCCAGACGGGCGCGGGCAAGACGCACUCCAUGUUCGGCCCGCGCGACGCGGGCGACGGGUCCGCGGCCGUCGGCGUCGUGCCGCGGCUGCUCGUCGACAUCUUCCGGAGCCUGAGCGAGGGCGAC